CAAUUAUGCAUAGUUUCUCUGUUGUUUCAAGUCCAUUCCGCAUUGGUUUUUUACUCUCAAUCAACAAUGAGCCAAUUUAAAAUCACCUUGACACCGUCAGUACAGUAUGAACUUUGGUUACCAGAUUUCUGGACUUUGUGCUCUCCUAAAGACUGGGCUCCAGUCAAUUACUUGACACAAUUACUAAUAACCCAUCCAGAACUGUCAAAACGGAUCGCCCAUCAACGAUUGGCAAAAGAUGUCAACCUUAUGAAAAAGCAUGUGGUUCCUGGCACUAUGGCAGAAGCAGCAAUCACUAACUUGAUAAAGAUUCUUCAGACUCUUAAUAGUGAUAACACUAUUAUUCAGUUUUGGGAGAAUCAUGUAGCAUUAAUUAGUGAUUCUAGUUUGAAUUACAAUAGUUCUAAGCUACGGCUCAAAGCUUCGAUGGCUAGAGAAACUGCAGAUGAAAGUGAACGGCUGAUACAAAAACGGCGUAAAGUGAAUCAGAAAGAAGCUGAAGAUCAAGGAGAAGCUGAGAAUCUAAGUAAAGUAGAAGAGAAGGCGGGAUCAACUAUCUGGGAUGAGUGGAAGGAGUUUCUACAAGACCCUCAUAUUGCCCUUAGUUGCCAUGCGUUAAGCCCCGAGAGGCACAGUAUUAUAUGGUGUGGUAAGCUAGUUCGCCGACGUUUUUUUAUGCCUGAAUCCUUAUACACACGUACUGUACAAGAGAUACCUCCUCCUCCUCACGUGUCAAUCUUACAGUCGUGCCAAGAUCCAUACAAAUCAAUUUUGGAAGCAGAAGAUAUCCAACAUAUGAGAGAAGAAAUGAAAUUACUGCGACGUAUUGUUCAUGAAAAUAAUGAUGGUCAAGUGGAAUUUUUGUUAGAUAUGUUAGACAUCUUUGUCAAAACAGUUUUCCCAACGGAUGGCCAGAGCUUGAUCCACAGCGAGAAUUGUUUCAAGUCAGAUUCUUUAUGGCCAGUCCAACAAGCUGUAGCUGUAUAUCUGCGUAGCAAAGGACACAAGGCAAUUUUCUUUACAGGAGAAGAAGAGUUGGAAUCAAUGACAAGGGAGUUAGAGAAGGAUGGCCAAACAGAUGGACGUUAUAAAUACUAUGCUGAUGGUGUUUUACGGGUGAAUAACCUCGAGGUCUUGAUCAUGGAAGCAUCUUCUGCCUAUGACAAGGCAACAAAUAUAAAAUUUUCAUUCGAUUACUACAAGGGUAUGUUUGGUGUGCUAUCGAUUAUGAAACACAUAGCAAGUAAGUACAAGUAUGCAUCGUUCGAUACUUUCAAGGCUCUCAAGAUACAUUUCAUACACGCAUUUGGCUCUGCUGUACGGCACUGGUCAAUCAGUUUUCCUGAAGCAAAUAUUUCGCUCAUGACAAAAUUAGACAGGAGUGAAAUACCUUUAAAAUUGAAUGAUGAUAAUGCAAAAGAAGCGAAUCCAUUGAGACACUUCAUUCAACUACAUUUGAACUUGACCGUCACACUUGAAGAGACAAUAAACAUCCUUGCGCAGCUGAAGAUUGAGCAUCAAGCAAACUAUGAUUCGAUGCCGGCUGUGACACUAGAAGACCAUGUUGAUUGCUUGAUAGUUCGGUUAAAUGAAAAAAAGCAUGCAAAAGAUUUGAAUAGGGAUGGACCACAAAGUCCAUAAAAUAUACAGCCACAAAUAAUUAAUUUUCAUACAGCUGCAAGUGAAAGGUCAUAAGUAAAUAAAUUAGAGAAAUGCGAU